GGUCAGAGACUGCAGAGAUACUACAGGAGAAGGUCAGAGACUGCGGACAUACUACAGGACAAGGUCAGAGACUGCGGACAUACUACAGGACAAGGUCAGAGACUGUGGACAUACUACAGGACAAGGUCAGAGACUGCGGACAUGAUACAGGACAAGGUCAGAGACUGCAGACAGGAUACAGGUGAUGGUCAGAGACUGCAGACAGGAUACAGGAGAAGGUCAGAGACUGCAGACAGGAUACAGGAGAUGGUCAGAGACUGCAGACAGGAUACAGGAGAUGGUCAGAGACUGCAGACAGGAUACAGGAGAUGGUCAGAGACUGCGAAC